AUGGCUGGAAUGACAACAAAACCAUCCCAGUCAACCACACAACCCGCCAAAUUCUCUAAAUUCUCUAAACCAAUCCCCCCAUUGCUAAAGAAUGCUAAAACAUUCUCUUUCAAUAAACCACCAAUCCCUUCUCUUUUUGGUAAUCCCACACAUACUAUACCAAAUUUUUCUCCCUCUCCUUCUCCUACCUCAUUUCGUCCACAAUAUUCUCAAACUUACUCCCCACAUUACCAACAAUCUACCUCCCAAUUCCCAUCCACUUCUUAUCAUCACCCUCAACAUUACAAUCAAUUUAAUUUUCCACACCACCCACAAUUUCCUCAUGCUCCACAAAAUAUUCCAUCUCACAAUAAUACCCAAAUAAAAUUCUUUGAUAACCAUUAUUGGCAAUGGUGUAAGGUUAAGCAAGAAUGGUACAAGGUCCCUCCUCCCCCAAAUAAUUAA